AUGCGCUUGUUCUUCAUUCUUAUAUUCACUACAUGUGCCUGUAUCAAAAUUGGACACUAUUUCGACGAAGAUAGCAAUUUGAGACUAAUCCACCAAUUGGCAAAGCUUAAAUUUAACUACGAUACUUUCAACUCCUAUCGCGAAAUACAAUCACUAAUAUUGCAGCCACUAUUUGUAAUCUAUCUUCCAUUCUCACAAUCAAUCGUAUUCAAUGAAAAUAUUCUCGAUCCUUCAAAAGAGCCACAGUAUAUAGAACUAUCAUACCAGGAGAGCAAUGUGACUCAAUUAUUUGCUGAUAGUGGCUCACCAUCUGAUGCAGUUGAUCCUUCAAUAGUACAUUGGACUCCAUUGGGUGACUGUGUGACAAACUAUGCAGGUGAUAAAGCCACUUAUAGACAAACAUGGUCAAUAGAGUUGGAUUUGGGUGUGGACUUUAGAGUGAGUUAUGGUGGAUAUUUUAUCAAUUUCGGACCAAGUUACAAGUCCGAAUUUAUAUUGGGCAAAGGUAUAGGUGGAAGUUAUUCAUGCGAUGUGGAUUCGGGAAAUACUUUACAAUUUGCAAUACUAUUCUCAGCAUACACAGUUGAAGGAGUGAAGUAUAGACAUCUCCAGAGAAAGAAAAUUGGUAAGGGUGUCCGAUUUGGACGAUGGAUCCCCAUAGCGAAAUACGAGCAAAUAGGUAAAAGUGAUGUUCAUGUUGCGUGUUUUACUCAACCACAGUAUCUACGUUGUAAGAAUCCAAAUUGA